AUGGAAAAUCACAUCUACCACCUCCCCCCCUCCUUGCUCCCCUCCCCCACCGCUCGCCACAACUUCGCCCUCCGGCUCGCCAACCUCCACCUGGCCUUCCAUCUAAUCCGGCGCUUCAAUUUCAACACACCCGAAUCCAACUCGCUAAUCGCACCCUGGGACUGUUUUCUCUGUCCUUUCCCGGCCUUUUCGCACCCGAUCGAUCUCGACAACUGGCCGAUGAAGGGCAUAAACAACCUGGUCGUCAUCAUGGAGACUUUGAGAAAUAUUUGUGGUAGGCCGAUUUUUGCAACUGAACCGGGGUUCGAAGAGCCUUGGGCGUUGUGGUAUUUGGCGGCGGCGAUGGCGCAGACUUGGACGAGGGAUCCGUUGGGACUGGUGAGUGGGGUGCCGGAGGAUAUGUCAUGUGAGGAGUUAAGACAGAAGACGGAGGAGGUUUAUGAGGUGGUUAGGAAAGUCAGCGUCAAGGUUUGGGUCUUCAAUUAUAUCUACCAUUCGAACAUGGUUGAGCAACGAUGGUACGAUAUGCAGACCGCGAGGAUGAAGGAGUGCUAUGACGGAGGGGAUCAAGAUGGGGCUGGACAUGAGGAGCCUGGGGAGAAUGGCGAGGGAGAUGCAAAGGAGAUACGACAUGGCAGAGAUUGCGACAGCGCCUAUUUGAGUAUGGACGAAGACCUGGGGGAGAAGGGCGUCACGCUUGACGACGAAGUGGAUACCUCUAGUGAUGAUAAAGGGCGCCAACUCCUACGGAAUCGGACAGCGGAGAGACUGAGUGUCGUACGGAGCGUGAGGGUCUUCCAGACCUUGUGGAAUGGCUUUCAAAGUUUGGGAAUUUCCAGGAGACCGACUGCAGGACCCAAGAUGACAUAA